AUGAAACAAUCGGCCAAACUACAUAACCACAUCAACAAGAGAAAUGCUCUUAUCCCUGGUUAUUACAAGUAUGGAAGUAAAGAUAAAGAUUUUAGUUUGUUUUGGGAACUGCAGUUUGAUGCAGUGGUUAUGGUGAUUUGGAUUCCGGCGGUUGCGGUUCCGACAGUUAUGGUCAUUUAG